AUGCACUCGCGACGAACACCCUCAAAUGCAAGCAGCAGUGUACGAAAUAGCCCAAGCCUUCAAAGACAACAAAUGUACGUGCAACCGACGAAACCACGCCCUUCGACAGCGGUCAACGCACGCCAAGCUACAGCGACUCCUCAACAUUCAGAAUGCUCUCCAGUGAAGAUGGGCAUGUCCCCCGCCACUCGGUACAAUUCCAAUCUCAAGGUUCUCCGCAGGAGAGAUCCGUCUAUUGUCUCCAUCUUCGAUCAGUUCAGCCAUGUAUGUGUGUACCAUCAUAACGGAGACAAAUGGGAAAAGCAAGGAUAUGAAGGAAGUAUGUUCCUAUACGAAAGGGAUUCCUAUCCACCCUAUGGGUAUUAUAUCCUCAACCGUCAGGGGACGGACGACUAUAACCAACGACUAUAUCCCGAGGACAACAUUAGUACUUCCGGAAGCUACCUCAUGAUGCGCUCCUACCCGUCUUGGUCUGCUCGUCGGCUUGAAUCCAUUAUAAAGUCAAGCGAGGCCGCUGGGAGCAAAGUCCCGGACAAAUUUUCUCCCGUUUGGUUUAUUCCGGACGUAGAGAAAUACAAAGAGGCUGAUAAAGCUCCCGGUAUCACCAUAGGAUUAUGGAUGUUUGCAACUGACUCGAGGGAGCCGAUGAUGGAUGUCAUGGUUCGGUUACAUUCCUACGUCAAGCAAAAUAUUCCCUAUCCUGACGAGUACAGAUACGGACCCGAUCGUCUGCCACCACCCAAUCCGCACCUCCGUACUUCCUCUGUCCCUCCAUCCAACGAAUCCGCCGCGACCAUACAAAGCAAGGAACGAAUCACACAUUCCUCUUCUACGAAACCGACGACACCAAAUCAUACUCUCCUUUUGAAUGGAAGUGCCAGCGGUAAUGUCGUUAGCACCGCAGCUGUCGUCAACUCUGCGUCGUCUGAGUUGGACAAAUUGUUUGCCAAACUCAAUCCGUCAACUACCACAACGAAUGGACAUGCUCCUUCACCCACUAUCGACUCCUUGUUUGCUGGCGUCGGCGCCUCCGUAGCUAACCAAGCAGCACGCACAGAGACACCAAUAAUCAACGCCGUCCCGAACGGCGCACCUCCGACGGGACUAGCAUUGUUGAGCACCAUAUUUGCUUCAGCGGGGCCGACGGUUGUGAAUGCGGACUCACGACCUUCGACCCAAGUAGUCUCUAAUGGUCGUCUUUCCGUUUCAUCUAAUAAGGCCAUCUCGUCUACAUCCCCUCGAUCGAACUCUAGGCUAAGCAGCGAGACAGUAGCAGAGCCCGAGUCGAUCGUUAUUUACUCACCCACGCCCACAACAACAGCCCUUCCCCAGAUACUCAAUCAGGACGUUAUUAUAAAUCUCCUUGGACUUCCCGCCUCUAGGGCAUCCUCGGCCACACCUUCGACUUCUCGCGCAAGUAAUAGGACAAGCGGUAGCUCAAGUACCCGGAGGAGUGGGAGAGAAGGGGGUGAUGAAGAUGAUGGGAUGUUAAGCUCAGAGGACGGUGUCUCUUAUUCGGAGUCUAGCACCGUCCUGGAUCGGCUACCUACAGGGCAAGAGGCCAUUAACGGGGAUGUUACACCUCGGGUUCCAACGAACGGCUCUGGAUAUGAAAGGUCAUCAAGUUCUUCGAGGAUGCACGAUUUUGUUUAUCCUCAUAACACUGCUUAUGGAUCUGCUCCUCGCCAACCCUCUGUCCCUGAUCCAGUCUCUUCUGUCGGGAGUCGGCCGGCGGUGACAUUCCGCACGGACGCGGAGCUAUGGAGCAAGAACACUGGCGCCGAUGGAAAUCAGAACUAUGACGACGAUGUCAUAGUCGAACUAGAUUUCUCUGACACGAUUGCAUUGAGUGACAUGGAUGCGUUUCAGAGGGUGAAAGCCCAAAGCCAAAUCAAUGGCCACUCCCCCAAUCUCAGCAAUGCAAAGAAGGCACUACUCAAUGGACGUACUCCGAAGCAACUGCAUUCGCGUGACGGGAGCACGAGUGAUGACCUGACGAACCACUUUGGGGGAGACGCCAAGGGCAAAAAAGCUAGGAAACUUGGUGGCGGGAAACAGAAAGGAGCGGAGAGAGAGACGACGCGAGCGGAUGUCGUCGAGCCCAUGAUCGCGGUGCUUCAACGCCAGCCCCACUUACGAGCUUCAGCAACUACCUCUUCUCCUUCGCCUAUCCCUGCUCUUCCACCUCCAGCUGUUCCUAUCGCCGACCCGGCCAUCAUCAGCAUUUCUUCUAUGCUAGGUCUUCCUCCACUCCAAUCUCAGCAAGCCCCCCAGCAGUCAGCAGCAAAGGUCAAGGCUGACGGCAAUGCACCUCGUUUAUGUGGCGACAUGGUAAAAGAGGGCAUCAGUGCGGUUACGUCCUCGCGCAUGAACGGUCAAAUGAAACUAGCGAGGAAUGAAUACGUGAUGGAGUUACUGACCCUCAUUCACGUUCGUGGUUGCUUUCCUUUGAUCGCUUGCAUAUAUGCUAACAACUCCUUAAACAGACCGACAAGUCGUUCGUUGACGCUCUGUAUCAAGAUUAUCUCAGCCACCACAGAUGAUUUGAAGGUUUCAACGCUUUGA